GGUGACAGAACUCGAGUUGGGGCUGGAUUGAACAUUCGCUUCUGGAGCUUUCUUUUGUGGUCUGUCUGUGAAGCUUUCUGAGAUCACUGUGCCCCCCCCUCUGUCUCUGUCUCUGUCUGUCUGUCUCUCUCUUCUCUCCUGCGCUUUGUGGGGGUUGGGGGAUUUCUACGAGCCAGGGCACAGAGCUGAGAUUAGGGAAGGUGUGGCAGUCAUUCCCAGGCCGGGUCUACAGCAGGUCGCACCAGCCCUGGUCAGCUCAGAAUGGUGUGGCAUGGAGCUUGGAGCAGUGGAGGAUUCAGCUCUUCACUGCGGAGGAAACCAUGACCUCCUGCCUCCAAGUCAACCCUGGGCAAACCCUUUGUGCCCCCCUACCCCCCAAUUCCCAGGCUCUGGGUGACAGGGAGCUCUGGAUAUGUACCAUGAUGCCACCCGCCUAGAUCUCCUCUUCAGCCGCCAUGAUGUGGACCAGCUCGCCACUGGUGGCCAAUUCCUCCAGCGAUCUUUCUUCUAACGGCACUCUACCCCCUUGCCGGGACUACAGGACAACACAUCAGUUGCACAUGGUGGUGUACAGCUUGGUGCUGGCGGCCGGCCUUCCCCUCAACGCGCUGGCCCUCUGGGUGUUUGUGAGAGCCCUGCGCGUGCACUCGGUGGUCAGCGUGUACAUGUGCAACCUGGCGGCCAGCGAUCUGCUCUUCACGCUCUCGCUGCCCCUCCGUCUGUCCUAUUACAGCCUCCACCACUGGCCCUUCCCGGAUCUCCUGUGCCAGAUCUCGGGCGCCAUCUUCCAGAUCAACAUGUACGGCAGCUGCAUCUUCUUGAUGCUCAUCAACGUGGAUCGCUUCGUGGCCAUCGUGUAUCCCCUGCGCCUGCGCCACCUGCGCCGGCCCCGCGUGGCGCGCCGCGUGUGCCUGGCCGUGUGGGCCUUGAUCCUGGUGUUCGCCGUCCCCACGGCGCGCGUGCACACGCCCUCGCUCUGCAGCUACAGGGACCUGGCCGUGCGCCUGUGCUUCGAGAGCUUCGGGGAUGAGCUCUGGAGGGGCCGCCUGCUGCCCCUGGUGCUGCUGGCCGAGGCCCUGGGCUUCCUGGUGCCCCUGGGGGCCGUGCUGGCCUCCUCCGGGCUGGUGUUUUGGACCCUGGCCCGGCCCCAGGCCACCCCGAGCCAGCGCCGCCGCAAGACGGUGCGCCUCCUGCUGGCCAAUCUGCUCAUCUUCCUGCUCUGCUUUGUGCCUUACAAUUGCACCCUGGCGGUGUACGGGCUGCUGCGCGCGCAGCUGGUGGCCGCCAGCCCCGAGGCCCGCGGGCAGGUGCGGGGCGUGCUCAUGGUCACGGUGCUGCUGGCCGGCGCCAACUGCGUGCUCGACCCGCUGGUGUAUUACUUCAGCGCCGAGGGCUUCCGCAACACGCUGCGGGGCUUCCACGCCACGCGCGGCCACUGCCCCGGGGCCACCAACGGGGCCAGGGAGCCGCUGGCCGGGCGGCCCGCCCGCCCCACGCACGCCCCCACUCAGGAGUUGCUGCAGCUCCCCAAAGCCCGCAAGCCCCUCGCCCAGACCCCCCCGGAUUCCGCCCUCUGAACCCCCCACGAGGGGCCGCGUCCUCCGCAGGUAGGGUGUGCGCGCCCAACGAGGCGGGCAGAGCAUCGUUAUCCUCUAUGCAAAUGAGGUGGGAGGGGCAACACUGGGCCUAUGCAAAUGAGACGGGAGGAGCAUCAUCCUGGACGCCAAUAACAGGGCAGAGCAUCCUUCUCUAUGCAAAUGAACUGGGCAGAGUGCUGUGGUCCUUCAUGCAAAUGAGAUGGGCGGGGCAUCAGCCGCCUCUAUGCACAUGGGGCAGGAGGAGCAUCGUUACCCUCUAUGUGAGGUGGAUGAGACAUCGUUAUCCUCUAUGCAAAUGAGGUGGGAGGAGCUUCAUCAUCCUCUAUGCAAACGGACUGGGCAGAGCAUCGUUAUCAUUUCUGCAAAUGAACUGGGCAGAGUGCCGCGGUCCUCUAUGCAAAUGAGCUGGGCCAGGCAACAGCUGCCUCUAUGCAAAUGAGGCAGGAGGAGCAUCAUUACCUUCUAUGCAAGUGACAUCCUUAUCCUCUAUGCAAAUGAGGUGGGAGGGGCAUUGUCCUCUAUGCAAACGGACUGGGCAGAGCAUCAUUAGCAUCUAUGCAAAGAAGAGUCUCACAGACUUUCCUGCCGGGGCUGGCUUUGAUCCACGAU